AUGGCUGAAGUGUACUCGCAUCCUAUAAUGGCUCUGAAUACAUCCCUGCGGGCAUGCAGCGCAGUCAUCGACAUCCUCAUUGCGGUUAUAAUGUCAUACUAUCUCAUGAAGCAGGGUAUACCUAAGAUACCCAGGUACACGCCAUUGUUCUACUUUGGAAGCUUGGCAAUUAAACUAACACCGUCGGUUGGCAGCUCAAGAAAGAUGUAUUUCCGUCUCAUCUCAUUGACCGUCAGCACAGGAAUAUGGACCGCCAUUGUUGCUACUGCUGACUUUUGCCUUAUGGCUGCGUAUCAAGAGCAAUUGUACUACACCAUUUUCGAAUUUCCUCUCUGCUCGCUAUACGUGAGCGUUCUACUCGCUAACUUGAACUCAAGGGAAUUUGUGAAAGGGUCGGAAGAGCCAUGGCAGGGAGUAUCGCCUAGUAGACGAAGCAUUUCCACUAUUCCUGUGCGCGGAACAGUAGGCGCUGCUGAAGACUACCCUCCUUCACAGGCUAUGAUGAUGCUUGACCUGACGCCAUCAGUGGAUGGCAAAUUCAAGCACGAUACGGUCGACUUUAGUCCCAAGAUGGCUUCGAAUUACCUUACCGUCUAA